GUCACAAAUGCUAAAACGUUUGCAAUUGGAAACCAAAACCAAAUCAUAUCUUGUACACAGACUGCUUUCAAGGUAAGGAAACCAAUGGGUCAUUUUGUCAUUUGGUUGAACUUAUCCCUUCAAUUCAGCUCUAUGAAUGUCUUCUGUGCUAUUACAAUUGGACCUUUUCCCGACUUUCGUUCUUAUGAGGAACAUUGGGAAUUUACGAUUUUUAGAAGGCUGUUACACAAUCAUGAAGUAUUUAGCUUCAGGGUCACCACCACAGUGAAGAUGAGAUACUGGAAAAUACAUACUUUCUUCACCCUCCCAGUCCAUUAGGACUUUCAGGUUUAAGGAAGUGAGAUUACUGAGAGGCAGUGUACCAUUAAUGCCAUGUAGAAGUAGAACUGGUUCAUCCAUAGUGUGGCCUUUGCUGCAUCAAUCAUCAUGAGGAGGCCUCUGUUCAGACUGACCCAGAAGAGAGUGCUGCCCCUGUGGCAGAGAGAGAGCAGAACAACCCUGGCCCCUGGUGCUCUACGGCAACUCCACUCCUGCUCAGCACUGGUCUACAGAAAGCAUGGACAUCACUAUGACACAGUCAGAAUGGAGGAGAUGUCCUUGCCAGCCCUGGGUCAACACAGUGUCAGACUGAGGAUGUUGGCAGCACCAGUGAAUCCAGCUGAUAUUAACAUGCUACAAGGCACAUACCCAAUCCUUCCAGUGUUUCCUGCUGUGGGUGGGAAUGAGGGAGUGGGGGAGGUGGUGGAGGUUGGUCGGAAGGUCACCUCUCUGAGACCAGGAGACUGGGCCAUACCGUGGGAUGCUGGCUUUGGUACAUGGAGGACAGAGGCAGUGUGUGAGGCUGAUGACCUUCUCCAGGUCCCCAAGGACAUCCCUCUGCUGGGGGCUGCUACCAUCGGGGUGAACCCCUGCACUGCCUACAGGAUGCUGAAGGACUUUGUUACACUCAAACCAGGGGCCACUGUGAUGCAGAAUGGAUCCAACAGUGCAGUGGGUCAGGCUGUCAUUCAAAUAGCUGCUGCCUUGGGGGUGAAGACCAUCAACAUCAUCAGAGACAGACCUAAUCGACAAGAGUUGGAGGAGGAACUAAAAUCGAUGGGAGCUGAUUUUGUUAUCACUGAAGAAGAGCUGCAAUGUCUGGGUCUGGAUAACGUCAUUCAGGAGCUCCCAAAGCCCAUCCUGGGUUUGAACUGUGUGGGAGGCCGGAGUGGUGGACUUGUCCUCUCUAGUCUUUGUGAUGGGGCAACUUUAGUGACAUAUGGUGGGAUGGCCAAAAAGCCUCUCCAGAUUCCAGCUAAAUCUCUCAUUUUUAAGAAUAUAACAUUACAAGGAUUCUGGAUGACGCAGUGGAAAAGAAACAAUAGUAAAGCAGAUGUGACGCAGCUACAGGCCAUGGUGACCUCUGUGUGUGAUCUCGUGAAGUCUGGCCAGCUCCAGCCACCUCAUUGUGUCCAAGUUCCCUUCCACCACUACAGCCAAGCCCUCCAGGCCAUAAUACAGGCGCAUCAAAGGAAACAUGUACUGUUCAUGUAGUCACAAGCAAAACAAAAACACAGUAUCCUCCAUCGGGGAAACUUUCAUUUGUCAUUUAUCUUAUUGUGUCCGUUGCAUUAUACCAAAUGAACACACACACGCCAAAAAGGAGUAAUUACACAAUUAUUUACAAAAUGUUUAGUGGUCAUUUUAGAAGCUGUAGAACAUAUAGUAUACAACAACAGAAGGGACAUCUUUCAACAGUCAUAUUUACAGUAUAAAGCACGACAUAAGGGCAGGGAGAGGGUAUACACAGCACAUCGUUUAGCACAGCUCAUACAGACAAUCAUAUCUGUAGUUAUACCAUUUUUGCAUUCUAAAUUGAAAUGUUCAGACAUGCACAUUAAAUUAUUUUAAACCGUUUC